AUGACUGGCGAAGCAUGGUUGUACCUACUGGCGGUGUUGAUAAACGCCGUCAACCUGUUCCUACAGGUCUUCUUCACCAUCAUGUACAGCGAUCUGGAAUGUGACUACAUCAACCCCAUCGACCUUUGCAACCGCCUGAACACCUACAUUAUCCCCGAGGCUGCCGUUCACGCUUUCCUGACCUUCCUGUUCCUGAUCAAUGGGUACUGGAUCGCGCUCAUCCUUAACCUGCCCCUCCUGGCAUGGAACGGCAAGAAGAUUUUCGAGAAGAACCACCUUCUUGACGCGACAGAGAUUUUCAGGAAGCUGAACGUUCACAAGAAGGAAUCGUUCAUCAAGCUCGGUUUCCACCUGCUGAUGUUCUUCUUCUACCUCUACAGCAUGAUCGUUGCUCUUAUCCGUGACGAGACCCACUAG